AUAAAAAUAAUAAUCUGCCGGAGUGAAAGCACGCGCUCAAAACCAGUGUGAGGGGGUAGUAGAAUAUAGGAGAGACAAACACGUCCUUACGCUGAAGCAAAAUCGAGUCACUGAGUUUCGAUUUCCCUUCUCUCCCUAAAUCGAAACUCAAUCUCGCCUCCUCAAAGAUGAAGAAGGAAGACACCGUGAAGCUGAUCAGCGCCGAGGGCUUCGAAUUCGUCGUCCACAAAGACGCCGCCAUGGUCUCCCAGACCAUCCGCAACAUGCUCACUUCUCCAGGGGGUUUUGCCGAAACCGAACUCGGCGAGGUCACGUUCCCGGAGAUCAGCACCACCAUUCUUGAGAAGAUCUGCAAGUAUUUCUAUUGGAAUCUUCAAUUCGCCAGUGGUAAGCAAACUGAGUUUCACAUUGAACCAGAACUGACCCUGGAGCUGAUGAUGGCAGCCAAUUAUCUUCAUACAUGAGUAUAUCAUUUCUCCCCAGCCUUGUGGUUGAACCCUAUAUGUAAUUGAUUUCCCACGAGGAUGGAUGAGGAUAUGGCUGUACUCUGCUUGAAGACCUUAGGAAUUUCUAAAUGGUGUCGAGCACCAGAAUUUUCAACUAGACUGCAAUGUAGUAUAUGUAUGAUGAGGUUCUCUCACUUGGAUUUGGAACAGUAUGAGAUCCAUUGUAGUAAAACUCAGUCAGUUACAACUUAUUAGACAAUGUGAGAUUCCUCCGUUAAUGUUAAUGCUUAGUCUUAGACAGACGAACAUAAUUUACAGUAAAAUCUUUUAUAUCAGAGCUGUUGCUAGUCAACUGUGCUUGUUGGCUCAGAGAUAAGUGAAGUUACCCUCUAGCUCUUGAUAUUCUUGGAGGUAUAACAUCACAAACCCUUUUAUGGAGUAGGUUUGUUGCUUU